CGAUCCGAGGGAGUUCACUUUGUGUAUCCUACACGUUGAGCAGAGCCACGGAAACCGCUGCGCCCUUUUAACAAAUGGUUGUCCAAGUAAACCAGCCAACUCGCCACUACAGCAAAACGAUGGAAGGAAGUCAGCAAAAGGUGGAGGCUAAUGUCUUACUACUUGGAGCUGAAAGCGUCGGUAAAUCUGCUCUCACGGUGCGGUUUCUCACUAGAAGGUUUAUCGGCGAAUACGGCGAUAUUGAAUCGAUCUACAGUCACACUGACCGAAUAGAAGGACGGGAGAUCAGCUUUAAUAUCUGGGAUUCGCUUUGCCCCCAGAAUGGUGAGGUCGAGGGACACAUCAGCGACAGACAACUCCAGUGGGCGGACGGUUUCAUUCUGGUUUAUAGCAUAUGUGACCGUGCCAGCUUCAACGUGGUGCGGCAACAGGUGCAGCGCAUCCAGCAAGCCAAAAGCAAGUUCCCCGGAGCCCAUCCCAUCAUUAUCGUGGGCAAUAAACGUGACCUCCAGCAUCGCCGCACUGUCUCCAGCGAGGAAGGACGCCUCCUCGCUCUUUCCACGGACUGUGGCUUCUUUGAGAUCUCUGUAGCGGAGACAUACCACGAGGUACAACUGGUAUUUCACGAACUGCUCGACCUUAUCCGAGAUGCGAGGGCGCUCAAGAAGGGGGCAGCUGGGAUCAAGGGUAUUGUGAGAAGCAUGUCCGCCGUUUUCGGGAGGAAGAGGACUGAGUAGUUCCAAUAUAGCUGAAUACGAGAGACGUUGAGGUGUUACUGUAGUUCUGCAUCUAAACAGCCCAGGACUUGUCCGUGCAUAAAAAGGAUGGUUAUGUUUCCAUAUUGGAAUAGGUCCAUGCACAGUUCUAUGAUUUAGGCCUAACUGAACUCAAGCCGGUUGGAUUGUUACUCGAAUGAGAUGAUUGACAAUCAAAUCCUAUCAAACUGACAGGAUUAAGUACUCUUAUUUGUGUCGGAGGUCAGGUGGCCUAAAGUAGCAGAAAAAUGCCCUUAAAUUGCCAACUUGUUAGAUUGCCUUGCAACAUGCCAUACAAUUGCCAACUGUAAAGCAAAAGGGUUCUUGUUUAAAUUCCUGGAAGAGAUUCUCCACAAUACUUAUGUGCAAUAGACAACUUAUUUCUCUUCACAAAUCUGUAUCAGCAUGCAGAAUGUUCUACUGGUCAGGGCCCCUUGGACUAUUGACAGUCUAUGCAAGACAGAUAAGUGAAUGUGUAGCAUUAUAAAGGUGUGAUCAUUACAUUUGCUCCCUUAGACUCCAGUAGUUUUGCUGCGUUUCCAUCCACGGCACCUACAUCAAUCACACCUUUAAGGUGUUUUGAAAGGUCAGCCAGUGGGGGACCAUUCUCUGUUCAUUAAUGUCAAUACCAUCUAUUUGUCUGAGAGUGCUGUACAUUUCACGUCUUUGAAGAAUUCCGAGGCCUACUUGACUUUUUCAUAGGGGUGUUAAUGCAGUGGACAAACAUGUCUAUUUCAAUAGCCUACUGAUUCUAUCAUGUUUUUUUUUGUAACUUUUCAUGAAUUAUGACAACUGAAGUGAUGUUUGUUAUACAAGUCAUUACUUUAACUGUACAAAGUUUACAUACUACAGAACUUGGUUGUACAAUUUCAUAAUAAAAUGUGAAAUGAAUGCUUAA